GCGCAGUCGGCGCCAGCUGGCGGCGGCGCUGAGUAAGGACCAGCUGGGGUUCUCUGGGGAGACGGUGGACGAGUCCAGCGACCUGGACGGAAACAUCACGUACUACCAGCUAGACAGCAGCAGCAACAGCUUCCCCCCCCUACCGGGCCCAGCCGGAGCCCCGCCCCCCUCCAUGGGAGCCCCGCCCCCUCCAUCUGGCUCCGCCUACCGUGUUCCGAGAGGCUCGGCGCCGUCGGCUCCGCCCGGAAACGGCACCAUCUGUUCCUCAGAGGAGGACCAGGAGGACGCCAGCACCGUGGAGGACCAGGCCGAGUACACAGAGGAGUACAUCUACAUCACUCAGGAUCAGAGCUACCAGACGUCUGGGGUCUACAGCGCCGCCGAGCCCCAACAACCACAGGUAACCCCCCCCCAUCCAACCACAG